AUACAAAACGCUCCAAGAUGGGGAAAGAUGGAGCUUUUCGUAAUCGAGUUGUGGGCUGCUUCUUUUGGUUAAAAGUAUGCUUUGCAGCAGCUAUAUCUUGUGCCGGUCUUGCAUUUAUGAGCUAUACCAUCUACAUGAUGCAUUAUAACUUCACGCAUGUAUCAGAGGGUGGUAUUGGCGGAGGAGCUGGAAGUGGAAUGGUAUCUUCUCCUGUCUAUAUCUCACCAAAAAAUCCCGAAUGUACGCGCCAGGAUGAUAAUGCUAUUCGACUAAAUCCACCUAAUGGACGAAUGAUGUUUGGUGUUGCCUUGGAUUGGAGCAUUGAUACUCCUACGCAGUAUGUGGCUCGUACAGGUAUUAGACCCGCUGUGACAAAUGUGUUUUUGACCAUGACUCCAUCUGCUGCUACACCGCUUGAUUUUAAUAUGUUGACGUGGCACAUUCAGCAAGUUGCAUUGACUGGUAGUAUGCUUGAAUUAAGUAUCAUGCCGUCUACACUCGCGAUUCCUGACGAUGUGUAUACAACCGUUGCUACAAAAUUACUCGAAUACAACUCCAAGUAUGGCGUGCCAAUUCUACUUCGUUUUGGUCAUGAGAUGAAUGGAAACUGGAUGGUGUAUGGAUAUCAGCCCGUCCAAUACAUUCAGGCUUUCCGUAAAAUGGCCGCUGCUGUUCGCGCACAAACCAAUUUAACUGCCAUGAUGUGGGCUCCCAACAUUGGUCUUGCUUACCCUUUUGCUGGUACAUUGGCCGUCUCACUUCCAACCAAUCAAUCCGAUCCAGCCAACUUCAAAGCUCUAGAUAGUAACAACGAUGGGGUGAUCAAUGGCCAGGAUGAUCCCUAUGGUCCAUUUUACCCCGGUGACGAUGUGGUCGACUGGGUUGGCAUUUCACUUUAUUGGUAUGAAGGAGCUGGAGUCAAUGUUGCAGCUCAGCCUGGUUAUAUUGUUGCCAGUCUCACAGGAGCUAUUACGGGUGCAUCUUCAGUGGGCCUUAAUCUUACUGCUCGAAACUUUUAUGAUCGGUUUUCCCAAUCAAAAAAUAAACCCAUGGCUCUUCCUGAAUCUGGUAUGCCAUGGGCUCCAAAUCUUCCACCCUCUGCUGGUAUGACUGAACUGCUAGCCAAACAAAGCUGGUGGACUCAAAUAUUUUCUCCAACCAUCUAUGCUCAAUUUCCGUUACUCAAGCUUGUAGUGAAUUUUGAAGAACUCAAGAGCGAUCAAGGUGUAGGAGCUGACUUGACCACGCUUCGCGACUGGCGAUACAGCAACCAAACUGCCAUUUCGACUUCCUUUACCAAUUACCUGAAAACACAGGGCAAUGAAAUUGCCUUUGCUGGAAGCAUCAAACUCAAAUGCAAUGGCGAAUUAAACUUGAUUUAAAUGGGGCUUACAAUGGCUUGUGUCUUGACUUUCAAGCUUAUUUUAUUGAAUGCAGUAUUUGAUGAAUCAUUGUUGGAAUGCUCAAUUCUUUUGCAAUAAAUUAUGAAUUCGUCUUGAUUCAAC